AUGCAAGCCACAAGAAAUCGGACACUUCUAAUGGACGAUUUACAUACACCAGCAAAGGAAUCGGAAGCCAUUUGCAACUCAAGACCUCUUACAUACGUGAACGACCAAGAAGACUUCUUACCUUUACGUCCAGUUGAUUUCAUACGUCCCACAGUUCGCCUAUCUUCUCCCCGCCUGCUCAAUGAAGACAAUGAAUGGAAGUCACAAUACACAACGAAAGACAAUCUGAUCAAAGACUGGAGGUUCGGACUCCAACUUCUCGAGACCUUUUGGAACAGGUGGCAAGUCGAAUACCUGACAUCUUUACGCGAGCGACAACAAAUUUCUCACCCCUAUCCACGGAUCCAUCACAACGACAAGCCAGCAAAUGGAGAGUACGUUCUCAUCCAAGACGACAACAAUAAGAGAGGCAUGUGGAAAAUAGGACAAAUAUGUGGAUCAUCCGACGGAUAUCAGCGUUCAGUUCAAAUUCGACUGCCUUCACGACUGAUAAUAACAAGGCCCAUCAACCUUGUCAGCCGCUUCGAAAUCACUUCAAAUUCAACUACUCAAGAACACACUUCAACUGUGCCCACGAAUACUCAGAACGAAUCAACGGAAAGAAGAUUCCCAUCCCCAACCCAUCAUAUGGUCACUCGGCCCAAAGCUCGACGACAACAACUGAGCCUACCCUUAUUCAUUUCGAUCAUGACAGCUCUCCCACAGUGCAUCAUUACGGCCAGCUCUCGUUGUCCUGAAGAACUAACACUUGACAAGAAAAUCAUUUACGCAACUCCGUGUGUGACAAAGGGAAUAGCUGUAGCAGUGUAUUCAAAGGCAGAUCUGCUGGUUUCCAAUUACAUGCCCACACGGCGAAACUCGAGCUUCCUUCCACCCAUCAAAGAAUCUACAACUCUGCGAACGAAAAUGCGAAUGCCCAAAAUGGUCACAAUUCUGCUCACACUACAACAACUCUCGCACACAGGAAUCAAAGGCGUCGAACAUCCCAUCUGA